AUGUUUUUCUAUAAACAGAUUUCCCGCUAUGACGGAGCAUUUUCUAAUACGGAACAGUCCUCACCUGAAACUUGCCAGCUUGAGCGCUCAUCCAAGGAACUUCACAAUGGAAUAUCUGUCAAACAAGGUUCAAGUCAGUUCAUUCUCAAGUUUGAAACACCGCAUCAGAAUGUAUCACACCGAGCUAACUUUAAUGAUUAG